GGUAUGUGCUUAAUGUUUCCACCUACUCAUAUUAAAUAGUACCCAAAUGUCGGUAUGGUCAGAAGGCACUAGCAAGUAGUAGACUCCUUCAGUUGACCCUUUCUGUAUCCAUCUCAAAAGAACAUGGAAAGAGCUCAAGAUUCAAAGGCAUCACUCUGCAGAACAAGAACCAGUUGAUACCACAUGAUACUUGCCCCAUAUGAUCAAGCCUACUGCUUUAUUAAAGCAAACUGCAAGAAUAACUCUGCAGAAUGUAAACAAGCUGAACCUUCUGAGAUUGGCCCCUGGUGGUCAUGUUACACGCUUCUGCAUCUGGACAGAGAGUGCUUUCCGUAGGCUAGAUCAACUGUAUGGCACCUGGCGUAAAGCUUCCUCCCUCAAAGUUGACUACAACCUGCCAAUGCAUAAGAUGACAAACACAGACCUGAGCAGGAUUCUGAAGAGUGAGGAGGUCCAGAAAGCACUUCGUGCACCCAACAAGAAGCUCAACCGCAGAGUACUGAAGAAGAAUCCCCUUAAGAACAUUAGGGUUAUGUUCAAACUGAACCCCCACGCCAAGACAGCAAGACGUCAUGCCAUUCUUAAGCAUGACCCCAAGAUCAAGGCAAAAAUGCUGAAACCUAAGAAGAAGCCUGGAAAGAAAGGAGCACCGAAGAAAAUCAAGGCAUAAAUUUAUACUUGCUGACUAGAGUUAAUUAAGGCUGACUGGAGUUCAUUAAGAAAAUAAAUAAUUGGUUUCAA